AUGGCGCCUGUACUCUUUCAAAAGAAGUCGAAGCUCAGUCUGAGAGAAAAACCCAUUACUGUCAUUAUCAACGAGCAUGGUUAUCCAAAGCACACCAGAAGUAUGAGCACCACCAGUACCGCCUCGACGUCUUCGUCGACCACAUCUCACGGUCACAAAUUACACACAUAUGACCCACUAUCAUUACACCCACCACUCUCACUCAACACGUCUCCCGUCAUCGAUGAGGAGUACGACGAGGAGAGGCGCCAGAGUGCAGAACAAUCACAACUACAACAUCAACAACACCAACAAGUCUGCUCCAGCUAUGACGACCUAGACUCGCCACUGGACUACUACUUCAACAGCGACGAUCGGAGGAGGUCUUACAUCUACGACCAACAAUCUCAAUGGCCACUCAAGGACUGGCAAACAGUGCCUUCAGCCAUGGACAACUCGUCCGACGAAGAGGACGUGACCAGACGGGCCAUGCCACGAACUACAUCGUCAUCAUCUACCGUCAGCCAAAGGAGGCCACAGAAACAAUUCACUGGGCCCCUCGACGAAUUCGUCAAGCGUGGCGAAUGGAAACGCCGCGGCAUCGUCUUUGGCAUGGACGCCGAGGCGGUCGAGGACGAGUCGCAGCACUUUGAAGUCAACCCUUUUGAAUUUUCCCAUUAA